AUCUACCUUAUUUGGGAGCCGCAUUUCUUCAGGGAGCUGAGAGAUAUUGAUAUAUAAGGACAUCGCUAGGAGGUAUACCUAUCAGUUCAUUGCUGUUCAGCAUACUUCAGUCAAUACAGCGUUGGAAGUUAUAAACCGUCUUUCUCAAUAUUGUCAGAUUUUUUCCAUCCCAAAAUGCAAACUGAUCCUCCAACCCCGAUGGUUCCUGCCGGACUAGGUGCACAACAACUGAAACUAAACGUCGCAACCAACCGACAAAUAACAUUUCCUAUUAACGGAUUUGAAAAAAAGUGGGGCUUGAAGCCCAGGGACUUGGCCGCGUCGGGUCUUUACCUCGGAGCCGACGGUCAAACUUUGUAUUGCGGUUUUUGCAGCUAUAAGGUUGCCCUUGAGUUAGCUGCUGGUGAACCGCUGCACUCUGGAUGUGUUGUUGACAAUCAAGAUAAUUUCGGCUUUCCUCUUGAUUCGAAAUUGAAUUUUGAGGCGCAACGCUAUCUGACCUUCUUUGAUAGUGAUUGGGACUGGAAAUUUGUCAGUCCGGAACAACUAGCCAUUGCUGGUUUCUACUAUCUUGGGGAGAAAGAUCAGUGUCGCUGUGCGUUCUGCGGCCUGCUGGUAAGUGACUGGGAGGAGGGAGACACUCCUGAAAGUGAGCACCAAAAAUAUAAUUCCAAAUGCCAAUUUCUGUUGGCACCAAAUGAGGUGCACAACGUCAGGACCGGAGAUGAGAUCCUUGACAACAAUCAGGACUCCCGUGUUGCUCAGGUCAAAACUGGAACCACUACUACUAACAAUAAGACUUAGUACUACCCAACCACCACCAUUAAGCAAUUGUUACAUCAAAAUCGAAAUUCAAUUUUGAGUCUGAAUUCUAAGACCAAACACACGGUGCUAAAAUUAAAUUGUGUUAAAAAUUGCUGUGUUACAAAAUCUUAAGUGUUAAGCACGCAGUGGUUUCUAAACCGAAUAAGGUUUUGAGAAGUCCAGGGCCCGGGAUAUUUGGACGUAUUGUUAAAUUGUGAAACUUCUUGUCUUUUAAUUCCAGUUUCUCUGCAUUAUGCAAAAUUGAUAGUGAAAAUUGUUAUUUUUGAUGUGUUUUUUUUCUUUGUAAUAAAAUGCUUACGUCUUCUAUAAAA